GGCAAAGACGUCACACACCGGAACCUGUCAGCACGGAAACGGCUACCUCUGAAUCUGUCGGCAUUUCGGAAAAGCGACAUAUUUUCGAAUUAACAAUGAAGCUGGGGAUUGUUCAGGAGCGCUCAUCUCUACCAAGUUCCUAGUGACCCUCUGCCUGUUCAGUAGUUCUGUCUUUAAAUCACAAUAAACCACCGUAGAGGUGUUUACUUUGGACUUUUGGGAAUUACCAGUACACCUCACUGUGGUUUCCAGUAUCAUGACUUGCAGGGAUCGUACCCUGGAGUUCCAGUCUGCCUGCAAGUCUCUGCAGGGGAGACAGAUACAGAAUGGUCCACUGGCAAAACCCAACCAUAAUGCUCUUAAGCAGCGGAGUGACUUCACACUCAUGGCAAAGAGAAUUGGAAAAGACUUGAGUAACACGUUUGCUAAACUGGAAAAGCUCACAAUUUUGGCCAAAAGGAAAUCUCUGUUUGAUGACAAGUCUGUGGAGAUCGAAGAGUUGACCUACAUUAUAAAGCAGGACAUCAACAGUUUAAAUAAACAGAUAGCACAGCUGCAAGACUUGGUGCGCUCCCGAAGUGGACAAAAUGGGCGCCACAUUCAGUCACAUUCCAACACGAUUGUUGUCUCCCUCCAAUCCAAGUUGGCUUCGAUGUCUAACGAUUUCAAGUCCGUGUUGGAAGUGAGAACAGAGAAUCUCAAGCAGCAGCGCAGCAGAAGAGAACAGUUCUCCCAGGCGCCAGUGUCCGCCUCACCUCUGCUCGCCAACAACUUCAAUAGCUCAGUAUUGAUGCAAGAUGAGUCUAGAAGCCUUGGCAGUGACGUGGCCAUUGACAUGGAUUCAAAAGCCAAUCCCCUCCAACUGCAGCUCAUUGAUGAGCAGGACUCGUACAUCCAGAGUCGAGCAGACACCAUGCAGAACAUUGAAAGCACCAUUGUGGAGCUGGGUUCUAUCUUCCAACAGCUGGCACAUAUGGUCAAAGAACAGGAGGAGACCGUACAGAGGAUUGAUUCUAAUGUGGAGGACACUCAGCUGAACGUGGAAAUGGCCCACACCGAGAUCCUCAAAUACUUUCAGUCCGUCUCCUCCAACCGCUGGCUCAUGAUUAAGAUAUUCCUCGUACUGGUGGUCUUCUUCAUCAUCUUUGUGGUUUUCCUUGCCUGAGAGGGAAGCAUCAUGAGGAACGAUGGGAUUAAGAAGUGGAUGGCAUGAAGUAGCCAUGGACUCUUAUUGGGCGAUGUGCAAAAAAAUGAAGUAGACUGGACAACAGUAACUUUGCCACAAGAGCGGACAAAUCGUACCAUUUGUGUGUUUGUAUGCUUUUACUGAGAAUGAAAAAUGUUAGAUAAAUUAUAGAAACUUGUGUGGUUAGUCGUCUCGCUCUCUGUAUAGAUUGAUGAAGGCAGUUUUGAAACAUCUUGCCCUAUUCAGGGAGUGAUGUCAGAUUUGAUUCUUGUCUUUUCUUUCAUACCUUGAGUCAUAUACAUUAUAAACACUGAGCCUUCACUUACCAUACUUACUUUCAGGAGAAGGCGAAUUUUGCGAAUGGUUUGAUUCUGCAAACUGGUUUAGAUUUUUUUUUUUUUUCUGACAGUGUUAUCAGCAGUCAGUGAUAACAACAUGAAUGAUGUGAAAGACUUGCUUUUACGAUAAAUUAACAUGAUCACUUGUACAGGUCUCCCUGUGAUAAACUUGCCAUCUUACAUGUGCUUCAUCCUGUCUCCUGUUUGUAUAAAGGAGAAUUAUUCCUUUGAUAAAACUAAUAAUGGCCUUGUAAUGGCUUUAUACUGUAAAUUGUUAAGAGUUCCUUAUUUUCCUAAUUUUUAUUUUCCAAAGCAGAUAGCAAGCUAGGCAUUCUUGUCUCAUGAUUUUACGCUUUUGUAUAGUGUAAAUGAAGACUUUGUUUUUAGUGCAUUGUUUACUAUUUGUGACUUAACCAUAAAAUGAGCCAAAACAAAAGCAUUACUUUUAAAACAGUACAGUACAAUGUGAAGUUGUAAAGUGAUAAGCUUCGGAUCAAACUGCAUUUGGUACUCCGUCAUUAUAAAUGCAGAGUUUGCAAAAUACCCAGGUUUAUAUUAUGAGGAACAAACUGCAGUAAAUUCUGAAAGACCCAAGUCUCCCAAUGUUCAGUUUCGUAGUCAGUGCUUUCAUUAGAUGGUUCAGUUCUACAUGCCCCAAUGUGUAGCAUAUUAUUUAAUGAACACUUUUUUAAUAUGUUUCCUGACUUUUUUUCUUUUUAGCUUAAUUACUUGCCUCAACUAACUGAAUAUAGUAAGUGAUUUCUGGAAAGGAUCUGCAUAUUAAAAACAAAUCUACAAAACUGAAUUAUUUUUCUUUGUUUAUAGCAACUACUGUAUGUAGUUUAACACAAAACUUUCCUGUACGUUCUUGAUGUAAGCCCACAGGGUGGUGUGAUGUGGCCUGAAAUUGAUUAUUUUCCAAUAACCGCAUCUGCUUAUUAUUACAGGUUAGACAAUGUGGUGAUCUGCCAUACGGGUCCCAGUGAGCGAGCUGUUACCAAAUAGAAUGAUAGUGUAUGUGACUGAGGACAUGAAGAUAAACCUGUGAUUAGCCUUGCAGCAGGCACUACUUUCAGAGUUAUUGUUAUAGAAAAUUAAUCAACACCUUCUGACCAAUCAGAUUUGAGAGUUCUUUGCUGUGGGAUAAGCAUUUUAUUAAUACGGAGCUUGAGAAAUUAUGUAUAGUAAUUAUAAACAAAUAUUCAAAAAAAAAGUCACUAAACUGAGGUUUCAGCUGUUUCAAUCAAACUUUCAAUCUUUGGUAUAUGUGCAGAGGUGGACAGUAAUAAAGUACAUUUACUUGA